AUGGUUCGUUAUGUGGUAGACACCUUGGCUGGUCAGCUGCCGUUUUGCGCCUUGCCGCCAACGGCUACAUCGCACCAGAUUAACAUACGCGUCGCGGCUGUGUGCAAACACGUGUACGCAGCGAAUGCGGCGCGGGCGCAAGCGUGCCAUGUUGUGUUAGAAACCGCCAUGGUGGGCGUGGGGGUCGCGGAAGGGGGAGGGGCCAGCGCUGGCCCUGGUGAUGGUUAUUACGGCGAGUACUACCCUCCCGAGACAUACUAUGUACCACAAGAGAUGUGUCCACACCCGUCGCAGCAUCCCCAGCACCCGCAUAUGUGCACCGUGCUUCCUGAUUUUGCUGGCAUGCCAGUUGUGACGUCAGGUACGAUGAUGCCGCCUAUGAUGCCGCCAGUGAUGGACGAGAGCAUGCGACCCUACUUGGUGCAUGCGCAGCCGCAUCCACACCACGCACAACACCACCAGCCGCCUCACCACCAGCCUCACCACCAACCGCCCCAGCAUCAUCAACCGCCACACCAUUAUGGCCCAACUAAUGGUACAGGAGGACCUCAACAUUUCUAUGGUACUGGCUACUACCAUGUGCCUCCACACCACAUGCAGCCUUCCCCACCACCUCCUGUCUACCAAAAAGAUGAGAGGACCCAGCGACAGUACACUAAAAUGAAGAGGAAAUUAGCUAGCCGGAAUGACAGUAAUAGAAAUAAUGGCAUAGAAGUGAACUCAGGAGCAAGCACGCCCUCAUUGUCGCCACGUAAAGAGGUGAAUGGACGUGGAGGUGGUAGUGGCAAUGCUUCUUCGGGAGCAUGGUCCGAAGGCGAAGGGUCAUCUGCUAGUGCCUCUGUGCAUGGCGAUGAUGACAAUGACACGCAAGCAGUGCUCGAUUUAUUGUCUGCUACACGUACACCCCAGGUUAGAGAAAUGACUCCAACCAGUGCACUAGUACAAUGGAACUCGCCAGUACCUGAAGGUGUAAUAAUGCCUAACGUCGAGUUAACUUACGAUUUGCUAUUAGGAGAUCGCGGUCGAUACAAGGCUAUCUACAGCGGGCCCUCUCUAUCUUGUAGGGUGCGGGACCUGAGGCCGGGCAGCGAAUACUCGGUGUGCCUACAGAUCCGCGCCGGCGAGUUGACGGGCGCGGCGAGCGAGGCAGCCACGUUCCGCGCGCCGGCCGCGCCGCCCGAGCGCAUGGCCGCGCCGCGCGUCACGCAGCACAACCGCACCGCGCUACAGCUGCGCUGGGCCGCAGCGCAAGACAAUGGCGCGCGCUUGCUUCACUACAUUCUCGAAAUGGAUGACGGCGAGGGAUUCGUAGAGAUAGCCCGUCCCCGCACUCGCCAACACACCGUCAAUAAUCUCCGUUCGCAAACCUGCUAUCGAUUCCGGAUGGCCGCCGUCAACGAGGUAGGGCGUAGCGAGUGGAGUGAGGAGAUAGUCGCGUGGACGACCGGAGCCCCGCCCCCUGCACCUUCCCCGCCUACCCUUCUUUCUGCCACCAGUGACACGCUAGUAUUAGGUUGGGAGCGACGUGCCGACGAGGAAUUCACGCUUCAGAUGGACGAUCCGACCCGUGGUCACGGAUUUUUACCUGUAUACUCCGGCGCCGAUAAUUCCUACAGGUGUACCGGAUUAAAACGCGCCACGGACUACCGCUUUAGGCUUCGAUGUGAGACGUCUUACGGUCAGGGCCCUUGGUCCACCGAAGUCACCUUCCGUACUGUCCCAGAAAGGCCUGGGAUGCCCGGUCGGCCGACCCCACGCGGUCGUAUACAUUCGCGAUCAGUUCGUCUACGUUGGGAUCCGCCCAACGAAGACGGAGGCUCCGCCAUCGAGUGCUACACAUUGGAACUGGACGCCGGUGAAGGAUACCAACCGGCUUAUCGCGGACCCGAACGCGAGGCACACUGCGACCGACUACAACCUGGCACUCUCUACCGCGCCCGCGUGCGUUGCUCUAACGAAAUCGGUGAAGGUGAAUGGUCCGCCACCGAGACCGUCACCACAGAUGCUGCGUGUCCCAGCAUUUGCGGUACUCCCGAGCCCGCCGCCGAGCCUCGCGCCACGCUACUGUCGUUACGCUGGCGACCACCCGACUGCACCGGCGGCUUGCCGCUCACCGAGUACCGCGUCGAGGUCGCCGAAGAGGGUGGUUCCGCUCGUCUCGCGUACCAGGGCCUGGACUGCGAGUGUGUGAUCCGGGAUCUAACUCCCGGUCGUCACUAUCGUACCUGGGUCACAGCAUGCAACAAGGUCGGCGCCGGGCCAGUCUCGCCGGUUCUCACGUUUACGACGGCGGCGGCUCCACCGGACGCGCCCGACGUGCCCUCUGCGCGACUCGAGGGUGCGCGUGCCGCUUUUCUGGAAUGGAUGGCACCACAGGACAACGGUGCUCCCGUGAUCGACUAUUGUCUCGAAAUGAGCGCGACUAACGUCGACGACGCGUUUGCAGAAGUGUACAAGGGCAUCGAAACAAACUGCCUUGUCGGUCGUUUAACACCGUUCUCGCCGUAUUUUUUCCGUGUGUGUGCGACUAACUCCGCGGGGCGCGGCGCGUGGUCGGGCGUGCGCGACGUGCUCACGCCUCGAGCGCCGCCCGCCGCCCCAACCGGCCUGCGCCACGAGGCGACAGCUGACAGCCUGCGCCUGCACUGGCGCGUGCCUGCGUGUUACGGGGCGGAAGUGCUGCGUUAUCGAGUCGGAGUGGACGACGCGGAGUUCGACACGGACGGACCGACUCCGGAGCGCCUAGUGGAGGGACUCACGCCGGACACGGUAUACCGCGUUCGUGUUGCGGCGUUUAAUGAGUUAGGCCUCGGCGAAUGGUCGGAAGAGACUCGGGCCGCCACACGUCCCCCACCGCCCGCGGCGCCUUUGCUGCGGUGCGUGCAAGCCGCGCACAACUGCCUGCGGCUGGAGUGGCCUGCAGUCGGCGGCGAGGGUGCUCAGUAUUGCGUAGAAAUGCGAUCGUUUGAGGCGCGGGACUUCCGGCCGGUAUACCGCGGGUCUGCUCGCUCCUGCAAGGUAAAGAAGUUACGAGAGGCGACCACGUAUGCGUUCCGGAUACGAGCUAGCGAUGAGCGAGGUGGCCGCGGGCCGUGGUCAACCCCCAUGGAGGCGGCGACAAUAGCGGCGCCACCCCCCGCCCCCCGCACGCCCACUCUCAGCGUGUCCGCUCCUCGCGCCGCGCUCGUGGAGUGGGACGCGUUGGAUGAUGCUGAGUACGUGCUGCAGUGUGCACGCGGCAAGGAUAGCGCGUUCAAGCAGGUGUACAGCGGACACGAGAGCCAGUUCCAGCUGGAGGAGCUGGAGGCGGGCGGCGAGUACGUGGUGCGCGUGUGCUUCGUGCGCGGCGGGCUGGCGGGCGCGUGGUCGGGCUCGGCGCGCCUGGCGCUGCCGCCCGCUCCGCCAGCGCCCCGCGUGCGCGCGCGCCGCCCUCCGCGCUCGCUCACGCCGCGCCACGUGGCGCUCAUCAUGGCGGCGCUGUUCCUGCUGCUGGCCGUGGGCGUGGCCGUUCUGCUGCAGCGGCUGGUGGAGGCGCAACCGUGA